GCAGAACCGCGCUGCUCUUGGAGAGGUCACUGCGGAGACACCGCCUGGGUUUUGGGGCGUGCAGGGGUGGGGGGCCUGUGGCACUAUGUGGCGCCUCUGUGCGCGACAGGCCCAGAGUGCAGCCCCGAAGGUAGGACUUGGGGCUCGCUGGACGGCCUUGAGAGAGGGACCCGGAGCCCCGAGCGCGAGCCGGCGGGCUGGUCCCACUUUGGUCCGUUGCCGCAGCGCGACCACCGGGCAUGGCGGGGUCCGGGCCCUGUGUCGCUGGGGCCCCAGCCCCGGGCCCGCUCCUCGGAAUCGCCUGCUGCUGCUGCAGCUUCUGGGGUCUCCAGGCCGUCGCUGGUAUAGUCUACCCCCGCAUCAGAAGGUUCCGUUGCCUUCUCUUUCCCCCACUAUGCAGGCAGGCACCAUAGCCCGUUGGGAGAAAAAAGAAGGAGAGAAAAUCAACGAGGGAGACCUAAUUGCAGAGGUUGAAACAGAUAAAGCCACUGUUGGUUUUGAGAGCCUGGAAGAGUGUUAUAUGGCAAAGAUACUUGUUGCUGAAGGCACGAGAGAUGUUCCUGUUGGAUCCAUCAUAUGUAUCACAGUUGGAAAGCCAGAGGAUAUUGAGGCCUUUAAAAAUUAUACAUUGGAUUCCUCAGCAGCACCGACCCCACAGGCAGCCCCAACUCCAUCUCCAGCCGCUGCCUCAGCCCCUGCAUCUUCUGCUCAGGCUCCCGGCAGCUCAUAUCCAACUCAUAUGCAGGUACUUCUUCCUGCCCUCUCUCCCACCAUGACCAUGGGCACAGUUCAGAGAUGGGAAAAAAAAGUGGGUGAGAAGCUAAGUGAAGGAGACUUACUGGCAGAGAUAGAGACGGACAAGGCCACUAUAGGUUUUGAAGUACAGGAAGAAGGUUAUCUGGCAAAAAUCCUGGUUCCUGAAGGCACAAGAGAUGUUCCUCUAGGAACCCCACUUUGUAUCAUCGUAGAAAAAGAGGCAGAUAUAGCAGCAUUUGCCGACUAUAGACCAACUGGAGUAACUGACUUAAAACCACAAGCACCACCACCUGUCUCACCCCCGGUGGCCACUGUUCCUCCAACUCCUCAACCUUUAGCCCCUACACCAUCCGCCACUCCUGCUGGGCUAGCUGCUCCUUCUGGACCAAAGGGAAGGAUAUUCGUUAGUCCUCUUGCGAAGAAGUUGGCAGCAGAGAAAGGGAUUGACCUUUCACAAGUAAAAGGGACGGGACCAGAGGGCAGAAUCAUCAAGAAGGACAUUGACUCUUUUGUGCCUUCUAAAGCUGUUCCUGCUGCAGCAGCUGCUAUGGCUCCCCCAAGUCCAGGUGUGGCACCGGUUCCUACAGGGGUCUACACAGAUAUCCCAAUCAGCAACAUUCGUCGAGUUAUUGCACAGAGAUUAAUGCAAUCCAAGCAAACUAUACCUCAUUAUUACCUUUCUAUUGAUGUAAAUAUGGGAGAAGUUUUGUUGGUACGGAAAGAACUUAAUAAGAUUUUAGAAGGAAAAAGCAAAAUUUCUGUCAAUGACUUUAUCAUAAAAGCUUCAGCUCUGGCAUGUUUAAAAGUUCCUGAAGCAAAUUCUUCAUGGAUGGACACAGUUAUAAGACAAAAUCAUGUUGUUGAUGUCAGUGUUGCAGUCAGUACUCCUGUAGGCCUCAUCACGCCCAUUGUGUUUAACGCACACAUAAAAGGACUAGAAACCAUUGCUAAUGAUGUUGUUUCUUUAGCCACCAAAGCAAGAGAGGGUAAACUGCAGCCACAUGAGUUCCAGGGUGGAACUUUUACAAUCUCCAAUUUAGGAAUGUUUGGAAUUAAAAAUUUUUCUGCCAUUAUUAAUCCACCUCAAGCAUGUAUUUUGGCAAUUGGUGCUUCAGAGGAUAAACUAGUUCCAGCAGACAAUGAAAAAGGAUUUGAUGUGGCUAGUAUGAUGUCUGUUACACUCAGCUGUGACCAUCGAGUUGUGGAUGGAGCAGUUGGUGCCCAGUGGCUUGCUGAGUUUAGGAAAUACCUGGAGAAACCUGUAACCAUGUUGUUAUAAUUUACUGAAGAACUUCUAGACUCCCAAGUCACUUUGGUUCAUUCUUAUCAAGAUAUUUAUAUGUUAUUAAACAGGUGGUUCUUUGAAA